CUAUUCAUUUCUUUCUCUUCAAUCUAUACAUAUCACUAUCUUCCUUAAUUUCUUCUCUCUUUCCUUAUAACAUUUCAAAUAAACUUUGUACCUUUCAACUCCAAUUAUAAAUAUAUAUUACUUCGGUUCAUGGUUUAGAAUCUUUCAUCAUCAUCAUCAUCUUCUUCAUCAUCGUUCUCGUCGUCGUCAUCUGAUAAAUAUUAUUAAUUUAAGAGAGAUGGGAAACUGUUUGGCAAAUCCAAAUCAUGACAGUAAGAAAAAGAGAAAGCAACAAAACAAUAAUUCUUCUGCAGGUGCAGAUGGUGAUGAGAGAAGGGUUGGUGUUGGAGCGGCGAAUAAGGAAAAAUAUGGUGGAAAAAUCGUGACGCCGAAUCUGAAAAUGUUUACAUUAGAUGAGUUGAAAAGUGUGACUAGAAACUUCAGACCAGACACAGUACUAGGUGAAGGUGGUUUUGGACGUGUUUUCAAAGGAUGGAUUGACAAAAACACUUACAAACCAUCGAAAGUUGGUGUUGGAAUUCCUGUCGCUGUUAAGAAAUCCAGUGCCGAUAGUCUCCAAGGUUUACAAGAAUGGCAGAGUGAAGUGAAAUUUUUGGGGAAAUUCUCGCAUCCGAAUCUUGUUAAACUGCUUGGAUUUUGCUGGGAGGAAGAUCAGUUUCUGCUUGUGUAUGAGUACAUGCAAAAGGGAAGCUUGGAAAGUCACAUAUUCAGAAGUCCAGAACCACUUUCUUGGGAUAUAAGGAUGAAGAUAGCUAUAGGAGCUGCUAGAGGAUUGGAUUUUUUGCAUACUUCAGAAAAGUCUGUUAUUUAUAGGGACUUUAAAUCCUCCAACAUUUUGCUUGAUGGGGAUUUCAAUGCAAAGUUGUCUGACUUUGGGUUGGCAAAGCUUGGGCCAGUCAAUGGUAGAUCUCAUGUUACUACCAGAAUUAUGGGAACUUAUGGUUAUGCAGCACCUGAGUACAUGGCUACAGGUCAUCUUUAUGUGAAAAGCGAUGUGUAUGGAUUUGGUGUUGUUCUUCUAGAAAUGUUAACAGGCUUAAUAGCACUUGACACAAAUAGGCCAACAAAUGAGAUGAAUUUGGUGGAUUACACAAAGGGAUCUCUACAUGACAAAAAGAAACUCAAAAAGAUAAUGGAUCAAAGAUUGGAUCAACAAUAUCCAUUAGCAGCAGCAUUUCUAAUAGCUCAAGUUAUUCUCCAAUGUUUAGAAGCUGACCCUAAAAAUAGGCCUUCUAUGGAGCAAGUAUUGGAAACUUUAGAAAAGGCUCAAACAAUUAAGUACAAGCCCAAAGUGAAAAAAUCGAGAAGUGCACAAUCGAAAAAUAUGAGACCAAAUGAGCACUCUACUGAUAAGCAAUAACGGUCUCUGAGUUCUUGGAAUAAUGGUUUAUUCGAAUCACGAAUUCAUUUAAAUAGUAAUUUUAUCAUUGUUGUAUUAUAUAUUUUGCGCAUAUAUGUAAUUUUAUUUUAUUAAUUGCAUGUAUACUUUAGAGAGUGAACAUUCAAAUAGUGUAGUAUUGUUGCAUUUUGUGCAAA